AUGGCGGACUGUCUAACUGCAGUGAUACAAACACAGCAGACUGCGCUGGCAGCAGUGGGAGAAGAUGCUGAAUUCAGCUGUCAGCUCUUGGAGACUAAAGACGUCCUUCAGGUCACAUGGCAGAAAAUCUCACAAGAUGUGGAGACAAAUGUUGCCACUUACAGCAAGUACUUUGGUCAGAGAGUGAAUGAUGGCUUCAAAGAUAAAGUUGAGUUUAAAUAUACUGGACUACAGAACUGCUCCAUAGCCAUCAGGAAUGUGACGGAGCAGGAUGAAGGAUACUAUAGGUGUUUGUUUAACACUUAUCCUGAAGGCCCCUUCAUUGGUAGAACCUGCCUCCAGGUCUAUGAGCUGCAUGAACCUGUUGUUGAUGUCAGAGAGUCAAACUCUACUGAAGAGUGGGUUGUUUCCUGUUCAGCCACUGGUCGACCUGCUCCCACUGUAACACUCAGUGUCUCACAACAAGGCCUCAACUUCUCACAGUACAACACUGUCAGUGUGUCCAACACCAACGCUACAUCUACUGUCACCACUACAGCUGUGCUCUCAGGUUCACGUAAACACAGCACACAGGUGGGAUGUGCAGCACGAGUGCUCUCUGCUCCUCAGACAGAGGUGACUGUGACCAUUUCUGAGGAACAACAGACACCUGAUGAUGAUGAUGAUGAUGAUGAUGAUUCCUCCUUGAUCACUGUAAUAGCUGCAGUAGUGGUGUUGGUCUUUGUCCCUUUCGUUGCUCCACUGUGCUGCUUGAAGAAAAAGACAAAAGAGGGGAAUUUUGGCCCAUUCUUCUUUACAACAUUGCUUCAGUUCUUUGAGGUUUGA